AUUAACCUGAAUUAACAUAUACAAUUCAUUAUAAUCCAAACAGUAAAACAACAAGUACUCAAGUAUUUUCAUUUUUUUUUUGUGUUAGCUAUAAGUCCAAAUUUUUGUUGAAGACAGAGAAACAAUCUCACCAAUAUUAAGGUCCAAUUUUCGAAAAUAUUACAUCUUAGAUCAUUUCUUGAAGCUGAAUUAUACGUUAUUCAAGAGAUCGAGCUGUUAUGAAUUUUAUUUUGUCUGUGAUUCGAUGUAUAACUAAAAAUCUGACUGGUUUAUAUUAAGAAAAGUAAGUCCUAUAAAAGGCAGAAAAAUAGAAUUACUAUAUUUACUGUACUAGAAUUUACUAAAAAUGGAAGAAUGUCACAAGUUUUGCCCUAAAUGCUCUGAGAAACGGGGCGUAAUUGGACCAGACGUUUUAUUGCUCGAACUAGGCGAUAAAUGCUAUGAGAAGUUUUCAGCAGCAGAUUGGUGUAAGAGAAAGGAAUCAUUAGAAAAACUCCAAAAGAUCCUCCAAACGAGCCAACUAUUGAAGGACGGGGAUUACAGGCCCUUACUUUAUCAGCUUAGAAAAAUUAUUCUCACAGACCUAUGUGUGAUUGUCGUGGGAUUGGCAGUCCAAUGCGUUACCAGCCUCGCGAAGGGGCUAAGUAAACACUUCGCCAAAUAUGCAGAAGGCAUGUUUCAAAUACUGUUCGAGAAGUUCGUAGAGAAGCGGCAGAGGAUGACCGAACUGCUAAGAGAAGCAGUCGACACAAUUUUCGAAACUACCAAGUUCGAAUCUCUGCAAAACACAAUCAUAAAGCUUCUCAAGCACCAAAAUCCUAGCAUCCGCUACGAGUUAAUUUUGUUUUUAGCAAGAAGUUUUCCUAAAUGUAACAAAAGAGUGUUGGCCAAACCGCAGUUUCAGCCUCUGUUCCUUAGUCUGAAGGCAUUACUUGCUGAUGGAGACAUAGUUAUAAGAGAAAAGACUUUAGCAGCACUAGGAGUAGCCGUGCAAAUAGCAGGCGAAAAAGCGAUAAUGCCGUACAUAAGGGAUCUCGAUUUAGCAUCUAAGGCCAAGAUAGAAGUCUACCAAAUGCGAGCUUGGGAAAUAGCUAAGACUUAUAAUGAAAUGAAAUUUCCUAACUUCAGGGAAAAGCUGAGAAAACCAAAUAUGAUGGCGGGUCCAAACAGCCAAUCGACCUUUUCACAGAUAAGUAUUUCAACCAAAGAACAGGCCAGUAAAUCAGAACUAAUUUAUUCGACAAGUAACAGAUCGAUGAACACCGUCUCAUUAAAUGGUUGGCCAUCGGAGAGCGAAAAACAGGGACCAGAAGUAACCAGCGAUCGGACAGGAAGACCUCUUAGUAUUCAGCCCAGCAAUAAUAUGCCAACAAUUACUGAAGUUAGUAAUAUGCAGUUGAAAUGUAGUUGUAGUAAAGAAACAAACAAAGAACUAUCACUGCCCGCAGGGUGUCGACUAAAUGAAAGUGAAUGUACACAUUCAUCCCAUAAUCCUAAACCCGAACAUCGUCAUAUAUCGUCACAUUCCAAUAUCAAUGUUAAACCGGAGCAGUCAUCAAAUGUGGACAAACUGCCUAAGAAAGAUACGCUGAAUGAAUCGCAGAACGAAGUAAUGAUCCAACAGUACACUGAUCAGUGCCUGGCCGAAGUAACCCACCAUCUCAAAGAGUUGACUAAUGAGCAUCGCUUGAUCACUUACAAGCCAACAACUAAAUCAAUAAAUGAAAUCCAUACAAACGAAACUGAAAUUAAUAAAUCACUUAGUACCGUUCAUGUCGAAUCCGAAAAAGAGAUAGAGGAAAGUCAAGUCGGUUUCACACAACACGAACUUGAUGAUCUAUUAUAUAUACUGAACGCUGCGAGAUUCAGAGCUCGAACAAAUAAAAAUUUAAAAUUCAAAAGAAUAUUGAAUUCCAGAAAAAAUCGCUUCACGACCAUGAGCAAAGGCUUCCUCAGCAAGGCCGACCACAAAGAGACGCAGUGCACGAGCGCGGUGUCCUUAGUGGACAAGCCCACGCAGACACAGGUGGCUAAAGAGGAGAACCCCAAAUCGGUCAGCUGCAUCGUCAACUGCUGCGAGAAGUGCACCCGCCUCCUCCUCGCCACGGCUCCGCGCAACUCCAAGUACCUCUUCCCAGUCAACAUGAGUCACAACAGUCCGCUCCAACAUCUCGAUGAGUCUUCAGACAAUACUGUGUACCGCCAACUCAUAUCCUCCGACCGAAUUCAGGAAAAGAGUGAAUCGGAUCUGAUAAAAAACACAAUAGAGAACAACUUGGCUUAUAAUUAUAGUCACAUGAAUCAUAAUCCGGAAUUAUCCGGACCCAACGAAAUAAAAAAUUUUAUGGCAUUACAUAAGCAAGAAUCGCAUGAUAAACUGCAAAACAAUCUUCAGAGAAAAGAAGUUGAAAAAAGUAGUGUAUGUUCCAACGCACAGCAAACGGGGCAUGAAAACAAAUCCAGUUCGAAAUUGCAAGAUAAGAGACUAUACCUAAGCUCAAAAAAAGGUAAAGUUUCCACCUGCAAUAAGACAACAUUCGUAACCACGACCAGUACAAGAAAAAGGAAAAGGCGAAAGAGGAACCGUUCGACUUUCGCCGGCUUGGAUGAACUAUAUCAAGAGAACCGAAAGGAGUGGCUUAAAAAAGAGUUUUGCAAGGCAGAGUCGAAACGUGCGAUGAAGGUGAGGGUCAUAAGGAUAGAGUAAGCCAUGUCGAAGUCCUCUUUGCUACCGUUGUGAAAUAACAUCAAUUAAAAUGUUAAUCCAUAUUGACUAAAACGAAUGAAGUCAUGUUUUUUACUUG